UAUCUCCGUAUAUCGCAUUGCCAAUGCCCUGAAAUGCGUAUUUGGCUCAACAAAAUUUUUGACAAUUGUGUCAUCAGACUUUCACGUGAAAACAUUUUUAUCCUAGAUUCGUUGAUACUUUGGGAAUUUUACUGUAAAUUCAAGGACCUCCAUGGCAGUUAAUAGAUACAAUGCAUUCAAAUAUUUUUUGUGUCAACGAUACACUGUUAUCGCGCAGAUUCAGCGAAACCUGAGCAAUGAGGACAGCAUCCAAAAAGUACAUCGUUUCCAUCCGGACGUAAUCCUGAGUCCAUCGAGUCGCAACGAAUGCAUAAAAAGACUUCAAAAAGCUCAGACAUCGACGAGUUUGCCAUCGGAGAAUCAGAGAACAGCAGCUGUUCUCGUUCCCCUAUGUAUCUACAAAAAUGAAAUGGGUCUUCUCUACACCUUGAGAUCAACGAAACUGCGGCAGAACAAGGGACAGGUAUCCUUUCCUGGAGGUAUGCGGGAUAAUAGCGAUAAUAGUUUCGAAGAAACUGCCCUGAGAGAAACAUGGGAGGAGCUGAACAUUCCAAAGGAAACAGUCGAUGUCUGGUCGAGUGCGAAUAUCGUUGGACGAAGGCACAUUCAUGUUAUGCCAGUAUUGGGUUACAUCGGUCACGUGGAUCCUCAACAAUUGAAAUUCAAUCCACAUGAAGUUGAAGAGGCAUUUGUCAUCAGUUUACAAUCGUUAUGUGAUCCCAAUCACUGGGGAUUCACUCAGUUUCGUAAUAAUUAUACACUGCCAGCUUAUUCAGUCGCGGGACGAAAAAUUUGGGGUCUCACAGCACUGAUAACACAUAUCAUUAUGAAGGCUCUUUUGCCUGAUGUUUAUCGACAUAAACUACAAUUUGUACAAUCCAUUGAGAAUUACGCUGGAAAAAACGUCUGAGUGAAACGAUUUUGACAUUUGCUAUGGAAUAACUGCUGAGGAAUUGCUACCAUUUCAAUUAUAUCUUGAUUUCGAAUGGAAACAUUGUUCAAUUAUUUAUAUAAAAGAAGAAAUUGUAUUUAUAAACGCCAGUUUUUAACGAAA